CAAGGAUAAUAGUUCCAUAGUAACCAUUGCACAAUAUCUUUCGAUGUUUAAUCGAACAUUCCCCAGUUUUGUCAUUUGAACGAAGUGAUUAAAGCCGUUUUCCCGUUGUCGUUGUGACUUUUUAUUUUCGAGAUAUUUUACUGAGUUAAACGUUUAAAAAAAGUCAAAUAUGGAAGAAAAUAACGAGUGGCCAAGCAAACGUGUUGCUCCUGGGGGUUUGUUUCAUCCAGCAAAAGUUAAAUACAGCAAAGAGACCCACGAUCUGAUUAAACUUUUGAUGGAAGAAGCAAAACUAACCAUGCUGCAGAGAAAGAAAAUGAAUUAUUUUCUUCGUAAUGGCGAACCUUUACCGCCCCCAAUCAUAAAGCCACCCUCGGCUGAGAAAGAAAGGUUGAUUGCGUUGAAUAUGAGGCGGCAGGAACGCAUACCGAGACGCAGAACGUAUGAUUCAAUCAAGGAUAGUGGAGCAUUCGAAUUACCUAAGUACAUUCCAACACCUGAUUCUCGGGAAUCUGUUGAAAAGGCUAAACUUCGGUUACAAGAGACGAUGUCUGGAACAAAGUUAUCGCCAACGUCAAAUGCUCGACGCAAACGGGAAAGAAAUGAACCGAAAAUUAUCCAGAUUGAUCCGCAAGACAGAAUUAACGAAUUGAUGGAACAGAUAACCGAAAGAGCAGAUUGGCUAACCGAAAUGGAAUCGCUCGGGGAAGGAAAACAGUACAGGCCCAUGAUAAAGUCCCAAAUCGCUGACAGACUGCGCGAAAUAAAGUCCUUGGAGAAACGUCUUGCGAAAGGAAAACUCACUUCUGAAGAAACUACUCGUGAAUUGUAAUUUAUUCGAUAUUUU